CCACGGUCAGUCCUUCACUGAAAAUGCAAGAGCAUCAUCAUCAUAAAACAAAACAAAAAAAACAAACAGAUCAAUUUCAAAAUCAAAACUUUCUCUGCUAAUCUCUCUCCCUCACUCUUCCGGAAACUUAUCUUCUCGGUCACUAUAAGUUUCGUGUUUUUCUUAUCUUGGGUUGUGAUAUUACAGAAUAUUGGCAUUAAGUGUGAUCCUAAUUAGCAGAGUGUCGGUCAUAUAGUUUCACGAAGAUGGCAAAUUUACAAAUGACGGGUAUUCUGGAGAAGAUGACGGGUAAGGAUAAAGAUUACAGAUACAUGGCAACGUCUGAUUUGUUGAAUGAGUUAAACAAGGAGGGUUUUAAAGCCGAUGCUGAUUUGGAGAUAAAGCUAUCAAAUAUUGUUCUACAGCAACUCGAUGAUGUAGCUGGUGAUGUUUCUGGAUUGGCUGUGAAGUGUCUUGCUCCAUUGGUGAAGAAGGUCAGCGAGGCUCGAGUUGUGGAGAUGACUAAUAAACUAUGUGAAAAAUUGCUACAUGGUAAAGAUCAGCAUCGUGACAUUGCAAGCAUUGCUUUGAAGACUAUUGUAUCUGAAGUCACAGCAAUAUCUCUGGCUCAAUCUAUUCUUGUCACUCUAUCUCCACAGUGGAUAAAAGGAAUAACAAGUCCUGGAUUGAACACGGAGAUAAAAUGUGAAUGUCUUGAUAUUUUGUGUGAUGUUCUUCAUAAAUUUGGAAAUUUGAUGGCAGAUGAUCAUGAGGUGCUUUUAAAUGCGCUUUUGUCCCAACUGAAUUCCAAUCAAGCCACCAUUAGAAAGAAGACUGUUUCAUGCAUUGCAUCUCUUGCUUCAAGCAUUUCAGAUGAUUUAUUGGGGAAGGCAACAGUUGAGGUAGUUUGGAAAUUGAGAAGUAAGGGUGCAAAACCUGAGAUGAUCCGAACAAACAUUCAAAUGAUUGGUUCUUUAAGCCGUGCUGUGGGAUAUCGAUUUGGACCCCAUCUUGGAGACACUGUGCCAGUGCUAAUUAAUUACUGCACAAGUGCAUCAGAGAAUGAUGAGGAGCUUCGUGAAUAUAGCUUGCAGGCUUUAGAAAGUUUUCUCCUUAGAUGCCCCAGAGACAUUUAUUCUUAUUGUCAUGAAAUUCUUCAUCUUACUCUGGAGUACCUAAGUUAUGAUCCAAACUUCACUGAUAACAUGGAAGAAGAUACUGAUGAUGAGAGUCUUGAGGAGGAGGAGGAGGAUGAGAGUGCAAAUGAAUAUACCGAUGAUGAAGAUGCCAGCUGGAAAGUUCGAAGGGCAGCUGCUAAAUGCUUAGCGGCAUUGAUUGUUUCUCGUCCUGAGGUGCUUGCAAAUCUAUAUGAGGAGGCCUGUCCUAAGUUGAUUGAUAGAUUUAAAGAAAGGGAAGAAAAUGUCAAGAUGGAUGUGUUCAAUACAUUCAUUGAGCUACUACGUCAAACUGGAAAUGUUACAAAAGGGCAGAUUGACAUGGAUGAAUCAAGCCCAAGAUGGUUACUGAAGCAAGAAGUGCCAAAGAUUGUCAAAUCUAUAAACAGGCAAUUGCGUGAGAAAUCUAUCAAGACCAAGGUUGGUGCAUUUUCAGUUCUGAAAGAACUUGUGGUUGUCUUGCCAGACUGCCUUGCAGAACACAUUGGGUCACUAAUUCCAGGAAUUGAGAAGGCAUUAAAUGACAAAUCUUCGACCUCAAAUUUGAAGAUUGAGGCUCUUAUAUUUACAAAAUUGGUAUUGGCUUCACAUUCACCCUCUGUUUUCCACCUUUAUAUCAAGGCCCUUUCUAGUCCUGUUUUGUCUGCUGUUGGUGAGAGAUACUACAAGGUCACAGCAGAGGCAUUAAGAGUCUGUGGGGAACUUGUUCGCGUUGUCCGUCCCAAUAUCCAGGGCUUUGGUUUUGACUUCAGACCUUAUGUCCAUCCAAUAUAUAAUGCCAUAAUGUCACGUUUGACCAACCAAGAUCAAGAUCAGGAGGUCAAGGAGUGUGCCAUUUCUUGCAUGGGGCUUGUCAUUUCAACAUUUGGUGAUAACCUCAAAGCAGAAUUACCUAUGUGUCUCCCUGUACUUGUUGAUCGUAUGGGGAAUGAGAUAACACGACUUACUGCUGUGAAGGCUUUUUCUGUAAUUGCUGCUUCUCCUCUUCUCAUUGAUCUGUCUUGUGUCCUGGAGAAUGUAAUUGCAGAGCUGACUGCAUUCCUACGCAAGGCUAAUCGGGCUUUAAGGCAGGCAACUUUGGCGACACUGAAUUCUCUAAUUGUAGCUUAUGGUGAUCAAAUUGGUUCAUCUGCUUAUGAAGUUAUUAUCGUGGAACUUUCAACUCUGAUUAGUGAUUCAGAUUUGCACAUGGCAGCUCUUGCUCUGGAACUUUGCUGCACCUUAAUGACUGACAGGAAAUCGAGCCCCAACGUUGGUUUGGCUGUUAGAAAUAAAGUUCUUCCUCAGGCACUAACAUUAAUUAAAAGCCCAUUGCUACAGGGUCAAGCCCUUUUGGCUUUACGAAACUUUUUUGCUGCUUUAGUCAACUCUGCAAAUACAAGUUUUGACACUUUAUUGGACUCGCUCCUUUCACGUGCUAAGCCAUCUCCACAGUCAGGUGUUGCAAAACAGGCUUUACAUUCGAUAGCCCAAUGCGUGGCUGUUCUCUGCCUUGCCGCUGGUGACAAAAAAUGUUCAUCUACUGUGGACAUGCUUACUGAUAUUCUUAAAGAUGACAGUAGUACGAAUUCAGCGAAGCAGCACCUUGCACUAUUAUGCCUGGGAGAAAUUGGGAGAAGGAAAGAUCUAAGCAUGCAUGCAAAUAUAGAAACCAUUAUUAUUGAGUCCUUCCAAUCCCCUUUUGAAGAAAUAAAGUCUGCUGCUUCCUAUGCUCUUGGUAAUAUUGCCGUUGGUAAUCUUUCCAAGUACCUACCCUUUAUCUUGGACCAGAUUGAUAAUCAACAGAAGAAACAAUAUCUCCUGCUUCAUUCUUUGAAGGAGGUUAUAGUAAGACAAUCAGUAGAUAAAGCAGAGUUCGAGGAUUCCAGUGUUGAGAAGAUACUUAAAUUACUAUUUAAUCACUGUGAAAGUGAUGAAGAGGGUGUUCGGAAUGUUGUAGCCGAGUGCCUUGGUAAAAUUGCACUUAUUGAACCUGCAAAGCUCGUUCCUGCGCUUAAGAUGAGAACAACGAGCCCAGCUGCCUUCACCAGAGCAACAGUGGUAAUUGCUGUAAAAUACUCAAUAGUUGAGCGGCCAGAGAAGAUUGAUGAUAUUUUAUACCCGGAAAUCUCAUCAUUUCUUAUGCUGAUCAAAGAUCAUGACCGGCAUGUUAGGCGUGCAGCUGUCUUGGCCUUAAGCACAUUCGCUCACAAUAAGCCUAACCUUAUCAAGGGACUCCUUCCUGAAUUAUUGCCACUUCUCUAUGAUCAAACAAUUGUUAAGCAAGAAUUGAUACGAACUGUAGAUCUUGGGCCUUUCAAGCAUAUUGUGGAUGAUGGCCUUGAGUUGAGGAAAGCAGCUUUUGAAUGUGUAGACACAUUGCUGGAUGGUUGUCUUGAUCAAGUGAACCCUUCAUCUUUCAUUGUUCCUUACCUCAAAUCAGGCCUGGAUGAUCAUUAUGAUGUUAAAAUGCCUUGUCAUCUUAUCCUCUCAAAAUUGGCCGAUAAGUGUCCAUCUGCUGUAUUGGCAGUGUUGGACUCAUUGGUGGAGCCCCUCCAAAAAACUGUCAAUUUUAAGCCUAAGCUAGAUGCUGUAAAGCAAGAAGUGGAUCGUAAUGAAGACAUGAUUCGCAGUGCUCUUCGAGCAAUCGCAUCCUUGAAUCGAACAAGCGGAGGAGAUUGCAGCCUUAAAUUCAAAAACCUUAUGAGUGAAAUUUCAAAAUCUCCAACCCUUUGGGACAAGUAUUAUUCCAUCCGAAAUGAGUGAACAUGUUGAUUCCUUGCUAUCCAGUGGUUUGUAUUGAAGCUCACGCUGGGGGAUGAGAAAACGUUUGAUGCCUGCAGUCCAAGCCCUUCUGGGGUUAAAUGAAAAUGACGAAGUUAUAGGUGAGUUGGAUGUAUAAUGGAGGUUGCAGGUUUUGUAGAAUAUUGGUCGAGUCACAUUUUCGAUACCCCAGCAUACAAAAAAAAAACAAAAAAGAAAAGAAGGAAAACUGUAAUGGGUUUUUUUAAUGUAUAGGGUGUCAAAUUAGUUCUUCCCUUGCCUUUAAAAUUAGCCCAGCGUUGAGGGUCAAAAAUGAAUGAAAAUGUUGUCUUUUCCCAUUUGAAGCCAUUGAGGGGGGUGCACAAUUAGUUGUACUUGGUAAGUGAUAUGGUUGAUAGAAUCUGGAUUAAAUCUUUGAAAUGGAGGCUCGACCCUUUUUGCCUCGCUAAUGUUUGCUUGAGGGAAAGAAAAAAAAGAACUUUUAUUA